AUGCCUACUAACUCCAGCCUCUCGCCAAAUCCUCAAAAAUGGGUCGUCUUCACAGCAACGGAAAGGGCAUAUCGGCCUCCGCCAUCCCCUACCUCUCGCAACGCCCCGGCGUGGUUGAAGACCACCCCCGAGCAGGUUGUUGAGCAGAUCAGCAAGCUCGCGAAGAAGGGUGCCACUCCCUCCCAGAUUGGUGAGAUCCUUCGUGACUCUCACGGCAUUGCCCAGGUCAAGAUUGUCACCGGUAACAAGAUCCUCCGUAUCUUGAAGUCGAACGGCCUUGCCCCCGAGAUCCCCGAGGACCUCUACAUGCUCAUCAAGAAGGCUGUUGCCGUCCGCAAGCACCUUUCCACCAACCGCAAGGACAGGGACUCCAAGUUCCGCCUGAUUCUCAUCGAGUCCCGUAUCCACCGUCUCUCCCGUUACUACAAGACCGUCGGUGUCCUCCCCCCCACCUGGAGGUACGAGAGCGCCACCGCCUCCACCCUCGUCGCAUAA